GUGCCACUUUCAGGUCUCUUACAUGUUGCUGUUACGCUCCGCCAUCUGCCAUGGGCCCCUGUACCGACUCCUCAUGCUGCUGCCAGGCCCGUAAUCUGUCAUGGGCCCUGGUUUUACCGCCUCCUCAUGCUGCUGCUGCCUGGUCCAGAGUGUGUCAUGGGUUACCUGUACGGCCUCCCAUUGCUGCUGUCUCCAUCGCCACACUCUGCCAUGUGCCACUUUCACGUCUCCUCACACUGCUGGUGGGUUCCAUUUUGUCAUAGGGUGCUGUAUGGCCUCUCCAUUGCUGCUGCUCCACCGCCACAUGUGGCUCCACACUCUGGUUAUGCCCCGUGACUGCCCAAAUGAGUGAAGUGUGCGGUGAUUCUAAAAUCGUCGGCACUCAUCUGCAUGUCAUAUCUGACUGACAGUAUUAUUUCUCUUCCCCAGCAGACUCCAAGGGCAUUUAAAUUAAAGAGGUACAGUGUUCUGCACUUAAUAUAA